CACAACUGAAAUACUAGUAAGUAUCACCACCGGGGCACCUAUACAAUGGAAAUCAUCGCUGUUUAUUCGGGUGUUGUGAGGAUUGAACAGAUCUAAUCUGAUGACAUGGCAUUGAUGUUGUAUGAUGAUACUGUACUCAGUGGCUUGAAGAGGUUUCAUAAUCCCAAUGCGGCCUACAACUUUGCCAACCACACAAUACGAAUCAAACAAAACUGGAAAGACCUGGGAGUAGCAGCUGUUGUCUGGGAUGCUGCAGUUGUUCUUUGCAUGUUCUUAGAAACUGGAGGCAUUAAUCUGCAGGGUCGCUCUAUGAUAGAACUGGGUGCAGGAACAGGAUUGGUUGGAAUUGUGGCUGCAUUACUUGGUGCUGACGUUACAGUCACAGAUCGAGAAGUAGCUUUGGAAUUUCUAAAGACAAAUGUUCAUGAUAAUCUUCCAGCAGAUCUUCUACACAAAAUUUCUGUGAAACCACUCGAAUGGGGUAAAGGAUUGGAGAAUUUCUCAACGUUUGAUGUCAUAGUAGGAGCAGAUAUCAUCUAUCUGGAGGAAACCUUCCAAGAUCUGCUGAAGACUAUUCUCCAUCUAAGUUCAGAAAAUACUGUUAUCUUAUUGUCGUGUAAGCUUAGAUACCAACGUGACCAUGAGUUCCUGGACAUGAUGAGACAACAUUUUCAAGUGGUUCAGGUCCUUUAUGAUGAGAAAGUUGAUGUCCAUAUUUUUAAAGCGAUGAAGAUAGGUCUGAGAGAAGAACUUUAAUGCAGAAAAAGAUUAUUAUAUGAGGCAAAGGUGUACAUUUUCAUUAAAUAGAAUCUGUUAAGUGGCACAGCUAAAGCUCCCAUCCAAAGCCGGAGACUGCCAUUAUGUGAUUUUCAGAAACUGUGCUGUUUCCAGGGCAGAAUAAUACAAAGCCAGGAUCCUGCCCUAAAACUAGCAUUGCUUCUGGAAACUGACCUAUAAUACUGGACUGAACCGAAAAAAAAAAAAAAAAAGCUAUCUUGACUGGUUCUCUUAAGGCCCCACUGGACAUUGGCUGCAUGGCAUUUUGCAAGUUUUAAUUUAAGUAUAUGGAUUACAUGUUGAUAUUUUUCAGUCUUUACCACUUGAGAUCCGCGCUAUAGACGAAAGACAUCCACAGCGCGGCUGUCAAGUGACGGGUGGACGUCCCUGGACGU